AGUUACAUUAGUAGCUGCAGUGGCAGGAAGUAUCUUAGUUUUCAUGGUUUUUAUAGUUACCAUGACAAUGAUCAUCUACAAAAGAUUUCAUAGACGAAGAUUCGAUCCCGUUCCAACUCACGAAGCUCUCAAAAGUGAAGAAGUGAAUAGCACCAACAAAGAUGUUUUCAAAACUGGACGGAAAUCAAAGCCAAACCAUUAUGAGCACACUGAGCAAACCAUUUGUAAUAAAGAUGAAGAGAAGUCAUUAAAUACAUGUACAACUUAUCAAAACGAGGCGGAUACAGUGAUAUCAGACAAUACACUUGACGCAGAGUACAUGCCAAUGGAAGGCCAGAGCAAUAUGAAUAACGACAAAAACGUGGAACCUCAAAUGGAAUAUGUGGCUAUGGAGGACGAACAAACAGGCAAACAUACUGGCAGUUUAUACAGUAAUGAAGGACAAAAGGAAUAUGAAGAUAUAAUUAAAAAACAACGUGUAAUAAACAGCAGGGAUAACAGUGAAAAUACGGACGCUUAUCAGAAUGUCCAAGAACUGGAAGUGCUAGGCUACGAAGAACCGGUGGAACAUCUAAGUAGAACACACUUAUAUCUAAAACUUGAAGAGGAAAAAAUAGCAUCAAGCGAAGAAUAUGAGGACGUAGAACCAAAAAUUAAACCAAAGAAAGGAAAGAAGAAAUGAAUCAUACAAGAAUUCAAUUUGAAAGAAAAUAUUGUUCUUAAGUUAGUGCCAUUCAAGUAAGAAACAAUUUUAAAUUAUAAAGACAAUUGUGAUCACGAAUCUUUCUGUCACAAACAUGAUAUACACUAACAACUGGCAGAACUCUGGAUGUCAAGAUUUGUAUCAGGUUAAUUUGUGAUUGUGCUAAGUUUCCAGUACAUUCGAUUUUUGAAUUUUCCAAACUGUACAUAAUAUGAUUGUAUAUCGUACUGGGGUUGUUUCGUUAUGGAUAAGUAAGAAAGCAAAAUCAAUGACAAAUAAUAUGAACUUCCAGGAUUACAAUAGAAUCAUAUUCAAAACAGUGUGGCUGUGGCCAUUGAUUGACGACCUAAAUUAUCCCAUUGACUGGAACAGAUUAGGUGAACGUUUGUCUGUAACAACCCCUGCUCAUUAUGUAUGUGUUAAAGGAAUUUUGAAAAGGUAUAUACUAUGAAAAUUAGAGCGCGGGGCUUUGCCCCAAACUCUUAUUUUCAUAGCCUUUCUAUACAAUAUCCAAUUUAGCACAUAUUUACAACUUGAGUAAUCCUGUAACUAGUCUAUUGAUAUGUUUUGGCUGACUGGAUGUAGCUCAUUUACGUAGUUUUGUAAAUCUACUCACUAUAAUAUCAUUGUAAAAAUGGGAUUUCAAAAGGCCCUUGACUUUAGAAUGUAAAGAAGGUAGCUGCUGGUGUAAGUAUGUUUAUUGAUAUAAACGAAGCGUUGUUUUACUGUACAUGUACUUGUUUACAUGGUAAGAUGACAAAAUGAAUUGACCAAGAGCAGACAAUUCUUAAAUUGCAGUGAAAGCUUUACAUUCUUGAAAACAUUUUUUUAAUUUCACUUAAAAUCUAAAACUAUCUUGAAAAUGCUUUUGAAUGUGUACAAACAGUUGGAUCCCCCUCCCACAUCUUUGGUUGAAACACCUUUUAAAAAUGGCUGGAUCUGCCCCUGGUAUGUACCCAUAGGUAGUCUAGUGGAUAGUUUAUAUGCAUGAAAUAUUUGUCACUGGACAUUAGGCAACCAAUUAUCGACCAAUUUAUGACUAAAUAUAUCAAAUUGCUUUAUUAAUAAUUUCCCUUCAAAAGAAACAUGGUUGACUCUUUUUGUGUACAAAGUAAUUGCAUGGAAGAUAAAGGAUUACAAAUUUUAGAUUGAGUUGUACUGUAAUCAAGGUAUAAAGCACCAUAAUUAUUACUCUUUAUUUAAAUGAAAGUCAAAAUUAAAUUAAGAUCAAAAGAUUGAUUAGUAGGAUGUUAAAAAUCUGUUUGAAAACUAAUUACAAACUAUUUAGUUAAAUUUGGAACACAAAAUUUAUUUCAAAAUAGCCAGUAGCAGUUUGUAUUUCAAUAUCUUGAUUACGAUACAAUGAAAUCUUACCCUUGUGGUCAUUCAUGCGUAGUUACUUAGUACACGGAAAAAGUAUGUAAUAUGAAAAUUAGAAGGCAAAUUCCAGCAAUUUGAUUGGACGAGAAGUUGUAAGUAUGUGCUAAUUAAAUCGGGCAUCAUUGUACAAAUGUACUUAUUGCAUGUUACAGAAUUGAUCAGAUGUACUUCUCUGAAUCCGUCUUUGCUAUGAACCCUAAAUGCCACAGUUUAAGGACAAAAGUACCAAUUCAAAUACCAAUUCUAAAUGACCACCUGACAAUCGAAGAUGAGUUAAGUUCAGGAAUAUCAUCUCCAUUGUAGUAAUUUUAACCUGAAUUUGACCCUUCAAGCAUGUUUAAUUUAAAAACCUGUUGCAAUAAUUUUAGCGAGAUUCGAUUACUUCUGAUGGCCGAAUCAACAAAAGGCUUUCCUGAGAUACUUUAUUGGUGUUGAGUCCAAUGAUUGUCUUAUUUUAUUUUAUUUAUUUUAUGAAUAUUUGCAACCUGUCACACUCACACAAUAAUGUGUUAAGAACAAGUUGAAUAGUUACUCUAACUCUAACCACAACGUAAUCUCUUAUAAGUAUUACCUUGAAGGAAUGCAGAUGAUCUAUUAUUAAUAUUAUUUUUCAUUUUUAUUACAUCAAGAAAUUAAAACAGUUAUUUCAGAUUAAAGAUGAUUUUUUAUUAUAAUAAUCUAUUUACAAAUAUAUGUUCAUGCAGUACAAUAUAGGAUGAUCCUAUACUAGAAAUAUAAGCAAGCUGGAUUUUUGUCAAUAUAGGUAAUAAUUCGAAUGCAAUACACCAGAAACAACUUCAAUACAUGCGUAAACGAGGAGGGUUAUAGGUACUAAUUAAUUCCAAUUUGUACAUUAACAAAUGCAUAGACUUCUUCCCCUUGGUCGAGUUGUUGUCUCUUUGACACAUUUCCCAUUUUGAUUCUCAAUUUUAUAUUCAUGUGUAUGUAAUGCAGUGUAGAAUAUUUUGUGAAAUCUUGUGAUUGAAUAGUUACCUUGAAAAUACUAUUGUCUUAUGAUUCUUCCAGAUAAUGGCAUCAAUCAACAACCAACUAUGAAUAAGAUGGACCACGAACAAUGUGACAUGUGUUCUCAGACUAUGUUUUCAAAACUAAACAUGCAUUUAAUCUUAUUUUCCAAGCUUUCAAAAACAUAUUGUUUAUGCUUGAUAACCAUUCAAAUAACUUUGCAUAUUAUUU